AUUCUUCCUAUUAUAUGACGAGGUGUCUUUAUGGAAGUAAAUCUGACGUUGUGUACGUAAUAUUUGUCAGGGCUGGUGAACUUUCAAAUGCUGAAAUUGAUAGCUUGAUGGUUAUUGUGGCGAAUCCUCGUCAGUUCAAGAUUCCAGACUGGUUCUUGAACAGAAAGAAGGAUUACAAGGAUGGAAAGUUUUCUCAAGUUACAUCCAAUGCUUUGGACAUGAAGCUCAGGGAUGAUCUCGAGCGUUUGAAGAAGAUCAGGAACCACCGUGGGCUCCGUCACUACUGGGGUCUUCGCGUGCGUGGACAGCACACCAAGACUACUGGUCGUAGGGGAAAGACUGUUGGUGUCUCCAAGAAGCGAUGAGUGUUUUCUUCUUCUUCUUCUUGUUUCUAUGUUAUUUUGAUGACUAGUUUUAUUUGGUUUUAGGCUUUUACUCCAAUCUUGAGAUGUUACAUGCUUUAUUAUCCCUGUUCUGAAUUUCAAGUUUUGGACUCGUGCUUUUUAUUUUUUAUGACUUUUAAAGACAAAUUUUGUGUGGUAAGAGUUUCAUUUUUUCUCCCA